AUGCCUUCAAUCGAUCUCACUCCCAUUGGCGUCCCGGAGCCAACCACGCUUCGAGAACUUCGAACGUCCAAAAUGAAGCGCCUCGGGACCGUGCUCUCUGGCAUUGACAAGCGACAACGUCAGGGACAGCUCUUCGUCUCGAACCUUGGCCUACCUCAAGACGAACACGAUUUGACAUUCCAUGGAGGAGUUGACAAAGCCAUUCAUCAGUACUGCUCGGAUCACUACGAAUACUGGCAGUCUGUGUACCCCGAGAAGGCCGCUGAAGGUGUCUUCCGACCAGGUGGCUUCGGCGAGAACCUCGUUGCGUACGGCUUCAGUGAAGAGAACGUAUGUAUAGGAGAUUUGAUUGCGAUCGGCCAUGGGAAUGCUGGCGAUGAAGACGGCACAUGCGUUUUAGAAGUGAGCCUUCCACGACAACCAUGCUUCAAACUCAACCAAAGGUUCGGGAUUAAAAACUUCGCUCCCAAGACUCAUCAGGCCGCGAAAACUGGAUGGUACUACCGAGUCAAAUCAGAAGGCCACAUCGAGCCGGGAAUGCAAAUCCGCGUCAUCCGCAGAACAUACCCAAAGUGGUCUAUUGCUAGGCUGCAAUACUAUGUGCACCGCGAUAAGACCGACAUGGAUAUCACGCAAGAGCUGAUGGACAUCGAUGUUCUUGGUAAAGAGUGCCGAAACGUAUUCCAGAAACGAUGGCAGGAAUUUGAGGAGAGCAAGAAGCCCAAAAAGGUGGAAAAGUGGCGACCAUUCAAAGUCGUCGAGAAGACGAACGAGACGAGCAGAAUCGUGACCCUCGUUCUACAGGCCGGAGACGAUGAUUCCGCGGACGCACCAGCCGUGCCUUGGAACAGCUACGCCAACAUCCGACUCCCCAACGGUAUCAAACGGUCCUACUCCGUGGUAGAGGGCACAACAAGCCGCUUCACCCUGGGCAUCGCACGCGACGAUAAAAGUCGAGGCGGCUCAACCUACAUCCACGACCACCUCCACACCGGAGACUCAGUCCACGUCAGCGAUUUUCAGCGGAGCAUGGAACCCAACUUCAUGGCCUCGCACGCCAUCUACAUCGUCGGCGGCAUCGGCAUCACCGCUUUCCUGACGAUCAUGAAAAUCCGCAAAAUCACCAACCAGACGUUCGAAUUGCACUACGCUGUACGCACUGAGGACGACAUCGCAUUCAAAUCACUUCUCGAAGAACUCGGCACAGACGUCGUCCACACGUACGCGAAAGACAAGGGCCAACGAAUGGACAUCGACGAGAUCAUACGAGAACACGUGUGGAAUACCCAAGUCUUCGUCUGCGGUCCACAGCGCAUGAUCGACGCCGUGAAGGCAGCAGGGAAAGCAGCCGGCGUGACAGACGACGAGAUCUUCUUCGAGAGUUUCGUCGCCGAUACAUCUGGAGAUCCGUUUUCGGCUGAAGUCGUCGCUAAAGAUCGAAACAUCAAGGUCAAGGUUGUGUCAGGACAGUCUUUACUUCAGGUUAUGCGGGACGCUGGGUUUGAUAUGCCGAGUUCGUGUGAGACGGGCACUUGUGGGACUUGUAGGAUUAAGGUGAGGAAGGGGAGGGUUGAGCAUCGAGGGACUGCUUUGACGGAGGAAGAGAAGGAGGGCGAGAUGCUAUGUUGUGUGUCGAGAGGGAUUGGAGAUAUUCUUGUUGAGGAUCCGGGCAGUGGGGAGGUGGAACUUCAAUGA